UUGAUAUUUUACCCAUCCGAGCCCUUAUAUGACUCGGUUGUUCCAUAUUAAAAACUAGUUUCAACGCCCGUUUUGUUCUGAUAUUCCUCUGGAUCCGUCAGGUUUGCGCAUUGAUCACAAACGCGGUGUCUUACGAAACGUACUAGUAGAUCAGAGGGUGUUUAUAAUGAUCGUAACUUGGCUUGCUGGGAAAUCCAGCAAUGAUGGUAUCUGUGCUCUCCAAAAAUCAAUAGACAACUUAAAUAAGGCCCUUGAGUACAAUAAAAAUCUGGAGAGAAAAUACCUGGAGGAGGCUGCCAAAAGGCUUGAGGAAGCAAAAGUAAAGCACCGGGCCAAUGAUAGAGAGGGUAGUUUAUUUUCAUUUAAAACGAAGGUUUUGUUCGAGCGAGCAGCUCAAGAUUUUCGGGAUUUUCAGAUCUCUGGACGUACUGACUUGAUUUUACUGGAGAAACUAAAAGAGGAAGCGAUGGAAAGGUUGCGGAAGGAAGAUUUCACGGCCAAGAAGUCAACAAAUGUGUUUAUUUACUUUUGUUUGUUCCUUUUACUAUUAAAUUAUUUUGGGUCCUUCUAGCUCGUUAUUCUUCUUCUACUAGAAGAGUUAAAAGUAGAUAUUUUAAUCUUGGGGUUUGAGAUGUUAAUAAAAUCAUAAAGAAG